AUGGCAGUACUUCCAUGUCAAGCCCUGCAACUACAAGCUCCUUUUGCCUCCUUCCCUCUCUGUGCUUAUAGGAAGUCUUCUUUCAAGUAUAGUGCGUUUGCACUUGACUGUGCGGGCGUGUCUACGAUUAUUUCUCCUUUGCUUUCUCUGCAGCUCUCUCUGGAUGUGUCUCUUUUGGUUCUUUUCCUGCAUUCAAUCCAAUCUCUGUCCGAGGGUAAGAAAAUACAUGAACAUAUCCUUAAACGCAAUGGCUUUAUUAAGGAUUUCACUAUCCUUGGAAAGCUAACCCAUCUGUAUAUUAUAUGUAAUGAGAUUGAACUUGCUCGUCAAGUGUUUGAUAAAAUUCCAAAGCCGAGUGUUAUUUUGUGGAAUAUGAUGAUCAGAGCUUACGCUUGGAAUGGACCAUUUGAAAAGGCCAUUGAUCUGUACUAUGAGAUGCUGAAACUGAGAGUAAGACCAUCCAAAUUCACGUUCCCUUUCGUUAUCAAAGCCUGUUCAGGCCUACAAGCAAUGGAAAUUGGGAGAGAAAUACAUGAGCAUGCAGAGAAACUAGGUCUUGAAUCGGACAUUUAUAUUUCUACUGCCUUGGUUGACCUCUAUGCCAAAUGUGGGGAUUUGGAUGAAGCCCAAAGAUUGUUUAAUAGCAUGUCCCACAGGGAUAUUGUUGCAUGGAAUGCCAUAAUUGCGGGGUUCUCACUUCAUGGACUUUAUGAUGAAAUGAUACAAAUAGUUGUCCAGAUGCAGCAAGCAGGAAUAAUUCCCAACUCUUCAACUAUCGUUGCAGUUCUACCUACAGUUGGUCAAGCUAAUGCACUACGCCAAGGGAAGGCUAUCCAUGGUUACUCUGUUAGGAAGAUCUUCAGCAAUGAUGUCGUUGUUUCAACUGGACUUCUGGAUAUGUAUUCAAAGUGCCGUCACAUAUCCUAUGCAAGGAAUAUCUUCGAUAUGAUAAGUGAAAAAAAUGAGAUAUGCUGGAGUGCUAUGAUUGGAGGAUAUGCCACAUGUGAUUCCAUGAAGGAGGCAUUGGUGCUGUACGAUGAGAUGGUAUUCAAAAAUAAGAUGAACCCUACACCUGUUACACUUGCAAGCAUAUUACGAGCUUGUGCAAACCUCACUGAUUUGGUUAAGGGAAAACACUUGCAUUGUUAUACAACGAAAUCAGGGUUGGAUUUAGAUGCAACAGUUGGAAACUCACUAAUUUCUAUGUAUGCAAAAUGUGGAAUUUUGGAUGAUGCAAUUAGGUUUUUUAAUGAAAUGAUCUCAAAGGAUAAGGUUUCUUACAGUGCUAUUAUAUCUGGAUGUGUCCAAAAUGGUUCUGCAGAGAUGGCUUUGCUUAUUUUUCGCCAGAUGCAGUUAUCUGGCAUUGACUCAGAUGUGGCGACUAUGGUGGGUCUCCUUCCAGCUUGUUCACAUUUAGCAGCACUACAACAUGGGACCUGCUGCCAUGGCUACUCGGUUGUUUGUGGAUUCACAGCUUACAUCUCCAUUUGUAAUGCCAUUAUUGACAUGUACUCAAAGUGUGGAAACAUUUAUAUUAGUAGGGAAGUAUUUGACAGGAUGCCAAGGCAGGAUAUUGUAUCAUGGAAUACAAUGAUAAUUGGUUAUGGCAUGCAUGGGCUAGGCACAGAAGCACUUUCAUUAUUCCAUGAAUUUCAGGCAUCAGGUUUAAAGCCAGAUGACGUGACCCUCCUUGCUGUUUUAUCUGCCUGUGGCCAUUCAGGACUUGUCAUGGAAGGAAAAUAUUGGUUUAAUGCCAUGACCCAAGACUUAAACAUGAAGCCAAGGUUGGCACAUUAUAACUGCAUGGUUGACCUUCUGGCCCGAGCAGGACAUUUGGAUGAGGCAUAUACCUUCAUUCAAAGGAUGCCAUUUGAACCUGAUGUUCGUGUUUGGGGUGCAUUGCUUGCUGCAUGUAGGAUCCAAAAUAUUGAAAUGGGUGAAGAAGUAUCAAAGAAGAUCCAGUUGCUGGGACCUGAAUGUACUGGAAAUUUUGUCCUUAUGUCAAACAUAUAUUCAUCUGUAGGGAGAUGGGAUGAUGCAGCACGCCUUAGAAUCAUGCAAAGGGAUCAAGGUUACAAGAAAAGUCCAGGAUGCAGUUGGAUUGAGGUCUCUGGAGUAAUCCAUGGAUUUAUUGGUGGAGAUCAAUCCCAUCCACAAUCAGCAUCCAUUAAUAGAAAGUUGGAGGAACUUCUGGUGCAGAUGAAAAAAUUUGGAUACCGUGCAGAUUAUAGUUCUUCCCUUCAUGAUGUUGAAGAGGAGGAGAAGGAACAGAAUCUCCUUUGUCACAGUGAAAAAUUAGCCAUUGCAUUUGGAAUUCUUAAUAUUAACCCUAGGAGGCCUAUAGUAGUUACAAAGAAUCUUCGAAUUUGUGUUGACUGCCACACUGCAAUAAAAUUUAUGACCCUUAUAACGGAGAGGGAAAUAAUAGUUAGAGAUGCAACUAGAUUUCAUCAUUUUAAUAGCGGAAUCUGCAACUGCCAGGAUUUCUGGUAAGGAACGGUAAUAGAAGUGUAAGUCAUAGGUCUUGUCAGAACCACAGAUUGCCAAGCACCCACCUACUGCUUGAACCCAGGUAAUAUUUCUUUCCUUCAACAACUGUUUUGUAAGUUUUACUUUUUGCAGCCAUCGCCACAGUGGACAAUGUGAAAAUAUUUUUGUAUUACAUUACUGAAGAAGAAUAGAAGAUGUGAGUGAGAGAAGCAUUUAGAAACCUAGUUCUCAUUUAUGCACCAAAAACAACUACGUAUUUGCAACCUAGAAGUAGAGAGGAACUCAAUAUUAGAGAAGGAAUUAUGGGGACACUUGUGGCCUUUGGCAGAGAUAUAGAAACAACACAUCAGCAGCAAGUUGUUUUUAGCGCUCCUACAAUUGGUGGAAUCAAAUCUUUACAAUUUUUUUCUGCCAACAUCCACUCUGAACGCAAAACCCUCUGAAGUACAUUCAAAUUUGGUUUACAGGUGCUUGUUUUAUAUCAUCGUACAAGAAUAUCACUGUGAACAGCACAGGUUGUGUUCAACCGCCUAAUCUCUUCUGUGCACCCUAUCAUUAGCAUAGGUUUCUUUGCCUGAUGCCAUCAACAGUAACUGAAUUGUUCCAUAAUGAAUGAUUCAUUCGCAGAAAUAAGACUGUCCCAGUCGACCUUAGAAAAUCCAAGUUUUUUAGAUUCCUGGGUCUAUUUAGUCUUCUGAAAUGGAGCUUAGCAUCCGAGAUAUAAGCAUGUUUUCCCAGCCCAUGCUAAUGGCACAGUUUUUAAUUUGUGAAUUUUAUCUCGUGUCUAUAAGCAAGGGGCAUGGCCAUGAAGCAGUCCAAUGUUGGUCCACUUCCGCUUUGCUUUUCGUCAUUGAGGGAAUAAUUGUGAGCCUUCUUGCUACCCAAGAGAACAAAUCAAGAUCUGGCUGCAGCCACAACUGUUAUGGGUAACUCUUCUUAAAGCUGUCGAUGGGUGAAUAUUGUUGAAUAAAAAUAAAAUAAUAAAUCCAAUACAUGUAAUGUGUUCCGUUGUUGAACGUUAACACUCAGU